AGUUUGUCUCGGUAUAUGUUUUCCAACGGUCGUCGUCGUCGUCGUCUCUCCUCAGAGAAAAAUAUUAUAUACAUAAAACUUUGUGUGUUAUUUUAUAUACAUACACAACAAGUAAAGUCAGUGAACGGUUUUUCGAUUUUUUAAAACGUGUAUUUCAAUAUUAUACCAAGGACUCAGUGGUCAAUUCAAUUGAUAAUACACUACUCUGCAUUUAUGUGAAGUGUUAUUUAUUAUAAAUAACGUGUACUCAAACAAUAUAUAUAUAAAAUGGGAUUUAAAAUACAAAAUUGGUUUCGAAGACGCCGAAGUCGUGAGGAAAAAAGUACAAACGAUAUGGUACUGACUGUGACUGAAGACACACCAGCUGACAUGUUGACAGGAAGCAUGGAACUGUUGGUGCUGUUACCAAGGGAACAUCAAAUUCACACUCAAAAAGUUACAGUUGAAAGAAGUACAGCAAUGAUGGAUCUUCUGGUUCAAAUAUCAACAUCCCACAAAUUGGCAGCUUCAAGUUACACUCUUCAAGCAAUUGGUGAACGUGGUCUGGUUCUGCCUCAUCAACCAAACACACCCAUUGGAGCACUUGAUGCUUUGCAGGUUAAAUUACUUCCGAAACAGGGUACAUUUAUUCCCCACAAAAUGAAACAAGCAAAUCAACCGUUUGAAACGACUUUCAGAUUGCAGGUACACCUGCCAAGAAAUCAACUUUACGUAUCACGUGUUAGUCCAAAGAUGAAUCUUGGUGAGAUCUUGGAAGAAGUGUGUCGUGAAAAAAACCUGGACAGAAACAAGUAUGAGCUUCGUCAUCCAGGUAAUCACGAGGAAAAAUUGGAUUUAUCAUUAUCCCUGGAGGAUUAUCAUUUACAAGAAGUAACACUAUAUGCAAAACAAGGUGAAAAAAAAUUAGGUUCAGCAUUAAGUUCACAAGACAUAAUGGCACUUCAAAGACAAGAAGAAAGACGUCGUCAUCAAGCAAAACAAAGUGUAUUUGGUUUUAUGUUUCGUAGUAAAACAAAAGAUAAUUCAUUGAGUAAUGAUAGUAUUGGUGGUAGAAGUAUAUCACCAGCAAGAAGUGAUGAAACUGGACGUAGUAUAAGUCCACUUGCAUUACCACCACCAACAAGACCACAACGUAAACGUCGACAAGCACCAUUACCACCAACAACAACAGCAACAACAACAACAACAACAACUACUUCUACUACAUCAUCAAUAAAACAACAAGAUAAUAUUAUUCAAGAUAAUACAAAACUUGUUAUAAAUCAUAGUCGUAAUAGUAGUGAUAGUUCGGGUUAUCAUGAAGCAUCUGUAUUGAGUGAUCAUCCAGAUUCAACUGGUAGAAUGCCUGAGACAUUACCAAGACGUAGUAAACCACCAGGUAAAACAGAUGUACGUAAACUUGGACAAACAUCACUGUCAAGUAAAAGUAUGAGUAAUCUUGCAAUGACAACUGGUGGAUUAAGUCAUUCAACAAGUACCACAUCAAUAAGUUCAACUGGUAUUAGAAAAAAACGUGCAGCACCAGCACCACCACCAAUAAAUCGUCCAUUAUCAUCAGCAAUAUCAACACAAGCACUAGAACGUAUUGAUGAUUCUGAAGAAUCAUUAACAUCUGAUAUUGAAAUAUCAAAACCAUCAUCAGACAUUGCUGUAUCAUCAGGAAAUGAAAAUGAUUUUAAUACUAAAAUUAAAUUACACUCAACACCAAUUGAUAAAUUGGAUAAUUAUUGUUCAAAUAAUAAUAAAAAUAUCAAUAAUAAGAUGAAAAUAAAUACAUUAGUUGAUGAUAAUGUUAAAUCAUCAUCAAAUAAUCAUGAUGCUUGUCAUAUUAAUGUAGAUACUGCUUGUUUUGAUAAAAAAGAUAAUCGACCUGUUGCCAGACCUCGUAGUAUUGCUCUACCAAAAAUAAAAAUGCGUAAAUUAAUUCCUGCAAUGUCAUCAACGUCAUUAUCAUCAUCAUCAACAGAUGUAUUAAAUUUACCAAUUGAUAUUGGUAAAUCAAUGAAUAAUGAAAAUAAAAAUAUUAAUGAAAAUAAUGAUUCUUCAUUGAUUGAAGAAAAUAAAAAUACAUCAAAUUUAUCUAACGAUGAGAAAGUUAAUAAUAAUUUUAAUGAUGAAAAAAUUAUAGUAGUUAAAUCAGCUGAAAAAUUAACUUUAAAUGAUUACAAUAAUUCUGAGAAUAAUGAUAAAUCAAAUGUUGAAUUAAAUAAAAAUACAUCUACAAUUAUUAAUAACAGCUCAGAUGAUUUAAUUUUAUCAAAUACACGUGAUUUUAAGUGUGAUGAAAAUAUUGAUAAAGCUGAUUCAAUUUCAUCAAAUAAAUAUUUAUUUAAUUCAUCUGAUAAUCAAAAUGUCAAUAAAAAUGAUGAAAAUAAUGAUAAAAAUAUUGAAUUUAUCAAUGAUAAUUGUAAUCUUGAUAAAAGCAAUUUAAUAAAUAUAAAAAAUAAUAAUGAUAAUGAUUUAGAAUGUGACAUAAAUAUAAAAAAACCUGGUGAAAACAUAAAGAAUAGUGAAAAUUUAUUAAAUCCAUUGUUUAAUAAGACACCCAUUAAUGAAAAUAAUUUAUUAUUUUUAAUGCAUGAUAGUUGUGUUAAAGUUGGCAUGGAAUUGACACCUUUCACAUUGGACAACAUUGCUGUUUUUGAUGAAUUGGGUUCUCAGGAUAUGGUGAAAGCAGAUAAAGAUGAACAACCAAGUAAAACAGAUAUAUUAUUGCAAAAAGUAUCAACGACACUUGCAACUACUGUUGUGCCAUCAGCAAAUAAUCAUGAUGAUAAUGAUGAUAAUUUAAUUUCGUCGUCUAAAAAAUCGAAUAAAACAAAUGAUGUUAUGAUUGAUAAGGAUAAAAUAUGUGAAACAUCAAAUAGUACAUUUAAUUCACAACAAGAUACAUCAGAUUAUGUAUCAGCAACUGGUGAAGAUUUAUCUGGUACUGAUUGGGAAUAUCAACUUCCAGAUCCACCUUCAGCAUUUCGUGAUAAUUCAUCACCGGAUUCAUAUGGGUAUGAUACAAUAACACUUGGAUCUGUUGAGGCAUUUAAAGAGCCAAUUAUUAUAAUUGACAAAAAAGAUGAGAAAUUAAAAAAUGAAGUGAAAGAAAUAGUUAAUGAAAAAUCAGAGAUUAAAUCAAUUGUGUUAACACAAAAUGUAGAUAAAAAAUGUCAUAAACAAACGGAUGAUAUGUUGAGGAAAAAUAUUAUAAUGGAACUUGAAACAAAAAUUGAAAAUAAUUGUUUAAAUCAAAAUAAAAUUAAUGAUUGUCAAAGUAAAAUUGAUGACAAUAAAAUAUCAAAUAUAUCACCGGUUGAUAAUACAUUAUCUAAUUUUACAAUAACCACAUAUUCAAAGCAGAAAAAUAAUAAUAUAUUUAAAAGUAAUGAUGAUAUAUUUAAAUCAAAUGAUCAAAAUAAUAUGUAUAAUGGUAAAUUAUUGCAAAAUAAAACAGCAACAUUACCAACCAAAAAUUAUUAUAAUAAAUCUAAUAAUAAUAGCAAUGAAUCAUCAGGAAUAAAUAGAACACAAAGUGUCAAAACAACAUCUCAAAAUGAUAAUAUUGAAUUUAGAAAAAAAGUAUUUAAAAAUAAUAAUGAACAAGAUGCAAAAAAAAAUGUUUAUCGUUCAAAAAGUUAUAUUGUACUUUCAAAUAAUUCGAAAUAUCGAGAUGAUAAAAUUGAGGAUGUUGUUGAUGAUGGAGUUGUUAUGAGAUCAACAAGUUUUACAAAUUUAAAUCAAGAUAAUUCAAAUAAUUUUAAUGAUAAUAAUCAUGAUGAUGAUGAUAGAAAUAAUAGUGAAAUUAAAAAUGAAAAAGAAACAACAAGUCAAUGUCAAAAUGAAAUUUCAAAAGAGUUACAAUCGGUUCAGAUUCUAAAGAGUAUUUUACCACAGUUAAAAAAUAGUCAAAAAACAGAGGAUAAAAUAUCUCAAAAAAUUCUUGAAAAAAGAAUUACCGAAGAAUCAGAAUCAGUCAAUGAAAAUAAAAAAAACCAAUCAUCAGAUUUAAAAAAAAAUAAACCAGAAUCCGAUGAUGCUAGUAAAAAAUAUCGUUACACUGGACCACCAACAAUAAAUCUUGGUAGUUGGUCAGAAAGACCAAGUGUUAAUGUUCAAAUAAAACACGACAACGAUUACAAUAUUGGUCAAAAAAAUAUAAUUAAAAAUAAUAAUACAUCAACUGGCUCAAAAACAAUUGUUAAUUUAAAUACAUCAAGUAAUGAUGUUGAAAUAAUAAAUUACAAAGAUACAUAUAAAAAUUUACAACCAAAGAAUAAUGAAUUGAAAAAUAUUGAUUUAUUAAAUAAAAAUAUUUAUACAAAUAAAAAUUUAAUCAAUGGAAUAUUUAAACUACGUACAAUAUCUGAUAAUAAUAAUAAUAAAAUUGAUGAAAAUAUAAUAAAUGAUGAUAAAAUAAAUAAGCUACAUAAUACCAAUGAUGAUGAUGAUGUUAAAAUUGAUACAAGACCAGUUAAUUUUAAAGAAUUAACACAAACAUUUGGUAAAAUAAAUUUACGUAAUAAAACAAAUAAUAAUUAUCAACAAAAUCGUCAUUCUGAUUAUUUUGAUAAUCGUCUAAAAAAUGAUAGUAUUAUUAAAUCAAGUGAAUUAAAUAAAUUACCAAUUAAAAAAUAUACAUCUGUUGUUGGUAUUAAUACACAAAAUACAAAUUGUGAAUUAUUAAAUAAUAAUAAUAAUGUUUAUAAUAGUGGAACAAAAAUGAGAAUAAAUAAUUCAUCAAUGACUAAAUUAAAUGGAUGUGUUAUGCCAGUUGUUAAGGGAUUUAAAAAUGAUAAAGAUAAUGAUGAAUCUUGUACGUCAAUGAAAAUAAAAAUUAAUAAUUCAACUGGUGCAACAUCAUCAUCAUCAUCAUCAUCAUCAGGAGUAGCAACAACAGUAUCACCAUCACCACCACCACCUCCACAACCACCAACAAUGCCAAUUAUAACUGGUGUUACCUUGAAGAACAGCAACACAAGACCAAAGUCAAUGCCGAUAUGUCAAGAUCCAAGAGAUGAACUUUUAGAUUCAAUACGUAAUUUUGGCCGUAAUAAUAAAUUAAAAAGUAUCAAUGCUUUUUCAUAAUUAUAUUAUAUUAUUUUAUAUUUUGUUAAUGAAUGUCUCAAAAAAUUAUAAAUGUAAUUUUUAUUUUGAUGAUUAUUCAGUUUGUUAUAUUAUAUUUUUUUUUUCAUACUGUCAUGCUCAACAAAAACAGACUAAAAAAAAAAACAAGACAGUUUGUAUAUUUUUUUUUCGUUAAGUAAAAAAAAUUGUUACACUUAUUUUUAUUAUUUUGGAUUUUGUAAAUAGUUUUUCCUUUUUUUUUUCAUUGUAUUAUAUUUACAUUCCAAAAAAAAAAAUACAAGAGGGAAGCGAUUAUUGUUUGUAAAUGUUUUUUUUUUUUUUUCUUUUUUUUUAAUUAAUUGAUUGAUAUAAUUAUGGUGCUUCAAGUUGUAGAUUAAAUAUUUGUUUAGUUAUUUGACGGGAAAGUUUGUGGGAAUUUAAAAAAAGGAAUUCAUUCAUAAAUAUUAUUACUUUCUCUAAAUAGCCAACAUGAUUGAUUAUUUUUAUAAUAUAUAUAUGUAAUUAUUAUUCAGGAAUUAUUUUGUAAAAAAUUUAUUAAUCAUGUUGUGUUAAAUUAUUGCUAUAGUUGAAUUUAAUUAACAUCGUUGAAAAUUAAUUUAAUCAAUAGAAAUAAAAAAUAUAUUUCGAAUGAAUUUCUACCCAUUUAUUUAAUUUUUUUUUUUUUCUUAAUUUUGUUAAUCGUGUGUGUGUGGGAAGAUUUUUAUUUUCAUCUCAGUAUUUUGCUCAUAAUAAAAUCCGUAUUUUUGUUUUGAAAAAAUAAAAAAAAAAAAUCAUAAAUUUAUAUGCCAAAUAACACGAGUUGAUGAAUUUAAAAAGAAAAAAAAAAUAUAUAUUAUAAUUUGCAAUAAUGAAUUCUAUAAACGGGACCAAAGGUUUUUAUUUUUUAUUUUAUAAUAAAAGACACGAGUUGUAUUGUAAAUUAUUAAUUGAAAAAAAAAUAAAAUAAAUAUAAAAUUACGAGUCAGGAAAAGGUGAAGAAAAAAUUAAAAAUAUAUAUUAAAUUGCCUUGUUACUGGUCAGUGGAGAGUGAUAUAUCAAAAGUAAUAUUAAAAAAUUAAUUAAAACAAUUAAAAUUUAAUUUAUUAAAAAUUUUAUUUAUAGCUAUUGAAGUGAAACUUUUUAUUUAUUUAUUUAUUAUUAUUAUUAAGUAUUUUUCAUUAAUUAUCAAAAAACAAAAAAAUAACAUAAAAAAAAAAAACAAUGUGUUAAUUUACAAUUUCUAUAUGGCACAGCAUCUUCAUUUUUUAAUCUCUCUGAACCAGCAAGAUCAACGAGAUUUAAAUUACCAACACAUUUCUUCUUUAACUGCAUGUGUUGCAAUUGAUCCAAAUUGACCCAUGCGGAGAAAUAAGUGGAGAAAGGUAUCAAAAUUUUUUACGAAUUUUCUCCGAAUCGACUUGGGUGAAGAAACGUUCGGAAAUAUUUCUCCGCGAUAAAAAUACGCGGAGAAACAUGUGAAAAAAAUAAUUUUACCGCGAAGAAAUUCUUCCGAAAUGAACGACGAGGAGAAAAUUUUUCCACUCAUUUCUCCGCAUGGGUCAAUUUGGGAGAAAUUCGGAGUAACCGCGGAGAAAUUCGGAGUAAUCACGGAGAAAUCCUGACAAAUUCGGAGAAAUAUUUUCACCAGGGGUUGUUGUGUUUGUAAAUAAAAUAAAAAUUACUAUAAAUUAUUGUUAUUAUCAAAUAAAUUAUCAAAUAACUUACUUGAACAGCAUCAUCAAUCACGUUCUUUAUCAUCAUCAUCAUCAUCAUUACCUGCAAUUGCAGCAGCACCAUCCUCAAAAUCAUCAUGGCCCAUUUCUGAACCAUGAUUAUGGUAUCUGUCGCUUGUUUUUACAAUGUACAUAUCACGAUUCAAUGAAAUUUUGGCGGUGAUUCGUACUGGACAUUUUCUGAAAAUUUUUGUGAAUUAAAAUUAGUUAUUAAAUAUUAAAUGUUAAAAAUGUACAACAAUGAACAACUUACUUGUUUUUUGCUUUCUGGCAAACGUAGGUCAGGUAUUUGUGUUUAAAUCUUGCUUCAUCAAUAUUUUGAUGAUUAUUAUUAUUGUACGUGGAUGUUAGAUGUGAUCGACCUAUUCUGUAUCGAUAUUCACUGCUGAUUAAUGUAAUAUAUUUAUCUAAUUCUUUUGUAUUGGCAAAAGUUAAAUGUUUAACUUUUUUAUUUUCAUUGAGAGUUUUCCUAUAAUCUUUGACUACUUGAAUCAUUUUUUUAAAUUGAAUCUUGAAGGUAACCUUAAAUUAUCAAUCAAAAAACAAUUCAAUUCUCUUUACUGCUAAAGUCUCAUUAAAUCAUGAUAAGUACGAGUUAGAUACAAGUAACAUGUAUCAUAAUCAUGGGAGUGAAAAGGGCUGUGAUGAUUUCAGAGGUUGUGAUACUGCAAUCGCUGGUUAUAAUGAUAAUAAUGAUCACCAUGAAGAUCUUGAAAUAAAUGAUGAUGAUAACGGUGAUGAUGAUGAUAAAG